AUGGAGGAAGAGGAAGAGAGAGGGAUGAUCCCCAAGGAGCAGAACGGCCCAGUGACAACUGCCAUGGGGGACCUCGCUGGACCAGGGCCAGCCUUUCCUCUGCACUCCAACUACUUCCUGGGGGAGCAGGCCGUGUACGUGUCCCUCAUGAUAACUCACUGGCCUCUGGGUGUCUCUCCUCUCCUGUCAGUCCCUUCACUGGACCUGGGCAAGAAGCUGAGCGUGCCCCAGGACUUGAUGAUGGAGGAGCUGUCACUGCGCAACAACCGAGGAUCCCUCCUCUUCCAGAAGAGGCAGCGCCGGGUGCAGAAGUUCACUUUUGAGUUUACUGCCAGCCAGCGGGGGAUCAUGUCCGGAAGCGCCAAGGAGAAGGUGACUGGGACCGCGGAGCUGGGGACGGUUGCCAGUGGCCCGGAGGGACACAACUACCGCUCGCAGGACCACAUCUUCCCGGCCUCGUCCGGGGGUCCUGAGGAUGCCUAUCCCGCAGCCGCCCGGGCGAAGUGCGGCCCCAGCCCCAGCGCCUUGGCGCCAGGCUACGCCGAGCCGCUGCAGGGCGUCCCGCCGGAGAAGUUCAACCACACCGCCAUCCCGAAGGGCUACCGCUGCCCGUGGCAGGAGUUCGUCAGCUACCGGGACUACCAGAGCGUUGGCCGAAGUCACACCCCCAGUCCCGCCAACUAUCGAAAUUUCAACAAGAACCCGGUGCCAUUUGGAGGAUCCGUCAUUGGGGAGACCAUUCCCAGGGCAGGCACGCCCUUCAUCCCAGAGCCCCCCAGUGGCUUGGAGCUUCUCCGCCUCAGACCCAACUUCAACAGAGUGGCUCAGGGCUGGGUCCGCAACCUCCCAGAGUCUGAGGAGCUGUAG